UCCCUUCAGCCUACAGCCUGACCUAAAAUGGCUUACUCUGAUAUUGCUGUACACUGUGAGCUUCUCACACUGAACCCUGUAUUCACCAUAUCUAGUCUCCCAGGACCCUGCAUUCACUAUAUCCUGUCUCCCCGGACCUUGCAUUCACUAUAUCUGGUCUCCCCGGACCCUGCAUUCACUAUAUCUGGUCUCCCCGGACCCUGUAUUCACCAUAUCUGGUCUCCCCGGACCCUGUAUUCACCAUAUCUGGUCUCCCCGGACCCUGCAAUCACUAUAUCUGGUCUCCCAGGACCCUGCAUUCACUAUAUCUGGUCUCCCCGGACCCUGCAUUCACCAUAUCUAGUCUCCCAGGGCCCUGCAUUCACUAUAUCUGGUCUCCCAGGACCCUGCAUUCACUAUAUAUGGUCUCUCAGGACCCUGCAUUCCCUAUAUCUGGUCUCCCCGGACCCUGCAUUCACUGUAUCUGGUCUCCCAGGACCCUGCAUUCCCCAUAUCUGGUCUCCCCGGACCCUGCAUUCACUGUAUAUGGUCUCCCAGGACCUUGCAUUCACUGUAUAUGGUCUCCCAGGA